CACUCGCGCCACAGAGCCGCUCCGGUUGUUGUUAUCGUCCCUCCGCUCCCUCCCGGUGUCAUGUCAGCUGGUCGGGCCGGCGUGCUGCUCCUGUGCUCGGUGCUGGCGGUGAGCUGCGCUCGCAGGACUUCACCGGAGCACGAGGAUGUUCAGGAGAAAUUCAACAGCGCCAGAUGCACGUCCAGGUGCCUCACUCUGCACAUGACCCAACUGACCGCUGCUUUCAGACACCUACAGAGUGACCAGGUUCUGACUUGGUGUGAGAACCACAGACGCUGCUCGCAGUGCCUUCAGCCAUGCAAGGAGUUGUGGGAAACUAGGAAGGUGCCGUCUCCAAAGUCCUGUGAGAAGCAGACAGAGUGUGUGACCAGCAGGGAGUUCCUGGCCUCCCUGAGGUCCUCACGUCAGGGUGACUGCCCCCCGCCCCAGCGAGCCACCGGCUUCGCCGCAGCCUGCGUGGAGAGCUGCUCGUUAGACCAGCACUGUCCCGCCCCCAGGAAGUGCUGCUCCAAUGGCUGCGGGCACACUUGCCAAGCCCCAGCCAAUCUCUACAAAGGCGUUCCUCUGAAGCCUCGCAGGGAGAUGAGCUUCCUGGAGGACUCAGAGGGCCGUGUGAAGGUGGCGUGGGUGUCCAAGUUCAACGUCAGCGUGGAGCCGGUCGUUUACAUGCUCCAGUCCCGCUGGAACAUCGGCAUACACCCCAGUGAAGACCAUGCCUCCCCGUGGGCCACUGUUGCCAUGACCCUUGCAGAACAUGUGGUUUUAUCGGAGCUGAGGCCACAGCGCUGGUACCAGUUCAGAGUCGCGGCCAUCAACAGCCAGGGCAGCAGAGGGUUUACCACACCGAGCAAACACUACAUCUCCAGCAAAGACCCCUCACCUCCUGAUGCUCCCACAAGUAUCAGAGUGACCAAUCAGACUCUGGACCACGUGGGGUCACGACCAGCACUCACAGCCAGGUCCAGAGGUGAGGGGGUCGUAGUGGCUGUGCUGUUACGCUGGGAGCCCCCAAGGGAUGGAGACCUGCCAGUCCACCACUACAGAGUCACCUGGACACCCCGACACACACACACAUCACAUGGAAACAGACAUUCGCCGCAUUCACACACACAUGCACACAGAAACAUACACACACUGCCUAUAUACCCACGCUUAGCAGAGCAGAGUAAAAAGGAGAGCAACAGCAGACUGACACAAGGGGCGCAGUGUGAGCUGUGGCUACAGGGUCUGCAGCCCGCUACUUCCUACUUCCUGUCUGUUCAGACGGUGGCCUACUGGGGUCAGAAGAGACUGAAGAGUCCCAGAGCCCAAAUUGUAUUCACCACCAUCACCUCUACAGACCUUCUUGACUCUCCUCAACCAGACUCCAUCAAAGGAGAAGACUUCUCCAAUGAACUCCCAUCUUCCUCCUCCUCCUCUUCCCUUCCCUCCUCCUCUUCCCACUCCUCUUCCUCCUCCUCCUCCUCCUCCUCCUCUUCCUCUUCCUCUAGCGUCCCGUUAUCCUCCUCUCUCCCUCACCCGGAAGCUGCUCCUAACCCUGUUAGCCCUGGCACCCUGCGACUGGAGGCCGCCGCCCCUCAUUACCAUGACGAUCAGCUGCAAGUCAAGGUGUUCUGGAAGUGGCUUCACCAAGCCAGACUCAGAGACCCUGGGCCGUAUGUGUUGCGGUGGCGUCCACAUACUUGUGAUACUAAUAUUACCAGCACAGAGAGAACUACAGCGGUACAGGGCACCCAUCACACCAUCAAAGGCCUGUUGUUCUCCUGUAAGUACCGUGUUGCUGUGGCAACGGAGGAAGACCCAGGUUCAGAGGCUGUUACCUGGGUUACAACCCCGGCUUGUUCCUCUGUCAGGGUCAGAGCAGGCAAAGCUCUGCCUUGCAACACUGAAGAGCGCCCCCUGUCAGGCAGAAAGGUGAUACUGCGUCCCGAGCGGCUGACUGCAGACUUCCAGCAAGUCAACGGCACCUUGCUUGCCACGUUUCGCUGGAGGCUGUCCCAGCAUGCACUGCACCAGCCGGCUAUCGAGGGAUUCCAGUUCACCUGGACACAGCUGGACCUGCACUCAGGGGUUACUGUGGCAACAGAGGGCCAGGAGGACACACUUAUCUCACAGACACAGAUAGUCUCACCGUCACAGCGGUCGGUGACAGUCUCCGGUCUUCAGGCUGACAGUACCUACCAGCUGCAGCUCCAGGUGCUGACAGCAGGGGGCAGUAAUGGUGCCGCAGUCUCCAAGAUCAUCCGCACCCCAGUUAUCAAUACAACACUGUGACAGGUCCCGCCCCCAUCGCUGUCAUCAUCUGCUGCUUCAUCGUCAUCCUCAUUACCAACAGCAUCCUCCUCAUUUCUGUUUUCACACCUUGUAAUCGGUCUUUUUUCAGCACAGUUUUAUGACCGUUCAAACACAGAUUACGUGACCAAAACUGUAGCUGCAGGGGAAACGAAGCCACUCCUCGAAGAAUGCAUCAGUGCUGAAUUGAGAAGUCAAGAGAUGAAUACCAAAAUGUCUAAAUCCAGAGGGCAGAUUCUUCCUCUGACAUGUCUGAUAUCAAUGCAAACCAGUUUCAUUUUCACAUUUUUAUCACAUACACAUUUUUCACUUUCAUUACAUUGGGAAGGUCAUUAGAGCUACGAUAAGGGAAGAAACAGAUAGCUGGAUAUAUCAGUUUGUUUUGCUCCAGGGAUCCAAUUUGAUGGCCUAAAGUCACUGUUUAGUGAAAGUGACAGGAUCAGAUCAGCACUUGAUGUUUGCUUUCUUUUGCUCUUUUUUUCCUCUUGGGGUGACGCAGACAAGAUGUAUGUAAAAUAAAUAAAUAAAUAAAUAAAAGUGGGACUUCCCUUAAGGCUGCAUCUGUCCAUGUUCAGUGUUUAGACUAGCCUAAAUCCUGUCAUUCUGACCGGGGGGACGUCGCUGGAGCCAAAUGACCCUCAUUGUUGUUUUCGAUCCUGCAAAUAGAGAUUAUAGCACUGACCGAAUGUCCGUAUGUAUUUCUGUGUAGACAUAAACCAACCGUGUUGUCUUUAUUUCACUGCAUUAUCCACUGGCUGCCUCCUAAACCAGUGGAUCUGACUUGAAGCCUUCAGCUCAGCUCCACCGUAAGACUCUGUUCAUAUGUAAAGAAAGUUAAACUCAAACCAAAACAUUACUUCUUUUUUUUUUUUCAUUAAAUCUAGCCAAAUUGGCUUGUAAUCACAUGUCCUCCGCAAGUUCCGGCAUUACUUUGCAUUAUAAUACGCUGUGACACACUGUAUAUUACAUUUACACACAAUAAUACCUUGGUAUGUGUUUCUGUGUCUUAUGAAGGGGUGCCAUUACCGGUCGAAACCAACAGCCAGUAGCACAAAUAGCUCAAUUUAUGAAUAUCCUGUUAAUAUUGUUCUCAUGUAACCUUAGAAUUUUGUU